AUGGCCGACGUGGACAUGGCAGAUGCGCCGCCGGCCAAGACCAAGACGUCCAAGGCCGGCGCCAGUGGAGAGGGCGAGAAGAAGCGCUUUGAAGUCAAGAAGUGGAACGCAGUCGCGCUGUGGGCCUGGGACAUCGUGGUCGACAACUGUGCCAUCUGCCGCAACCACAUCAUGGACCUGUGUAUCGAAUGCCAGGCCAACCAAGCCUCGGCAACCAGCGAAGAGUGCACCGUCGCAUGGGGCAUCUGCAACCACGCCUUCCACUUCCACUGCAUCUCACGAUGGCUCAAGACGCGCCAGGUGUGCCCGCUGGACAACCGCGACUGGGAGUUCCAGAAGUACGGUCGAUAG